GAAGUAGUUAGUUAGCUUAGUGUGUUUAUUCUAAUUGGACAUAUCAACAAUACUCAUUUUGCUAAAGAGGUUUUUGAAUGUGGUUAACUUUAGUUCAGGACCUCCAGUGAGGUGAAGUGUGGGAAACACUCCAAGAGGUGGCAGUAACAGACUUUCAGCUCUGGGUUUAACGGGUUAUAUACGUUUCCUGUCCAGAGAAAGGAAGAAGAGAAAGGACCUAUCGUUAACGGCAUGUGGAGAAAAAACAAACCGUGUGUGUGGAGAGAGAGAUAAAGCCUUUUAGAGGGGAGCGCUGAACCUCGCAGUGCUGUGUCCGUGUACUGUGUGUUUGCGUGGGCCAGAGUAGCUAACCUAGCUAACUAGCUAUAGGUCUUUAGUUGAGUCUCAGCGGGGAUUCGCUGCGAUUUCUCGGGCGUAGCCUGUUUAUAGUCUGAUUUGUGAAAACAGGUAACCGGCUGGUAGCUAGUUUGCUAACCAUCGGUAACCCAAGCUAGAAACGGCGACUGGAAGGCCCUGACCGGCUUAGUUAGCUAACGGUUUUUUAGCUAGUUAGCUGGCUAGCUAUCGCUAGUUAGCCAGGUUAGCCUAGCUUGCAGACUGGAAAGGACAUUUAUUUAUUUUGCUAGGUAGUUAGCUAUCAGCUAAUUUAAUCUACUAGUAAUUAGUUAAAUUAGCUAAGCUAGGAUAGCUAACUUGUUAGCUCCCCUUAGCUGAACUGUUGCCUUCAUUUUAACGUUACCGUGUUUACUCGACUCAGCUGCAAUGGCUUGCGGGGCUACACUGAAGAGAACCAUGGAUUUCGAUCCGCUGCUGAGCCCCAGCUCGUCUAAAAGAAGAAGAUGUACCCCGAUGUCUUCAUCAUCAUCAUCCUCCUCCUCCUCCUCUUCAUCCCCCAGAAAAUACCUCCGCCAUGAGCCGUCCCCUUUCGGAGAGGUUUCGGCCACACUCACCACAGAGCAAAUCCUUCAUAACAUAAAGCAGGAGUACAAACGCAUGCAGAAAAGGAGACAUUUGGAGGGCAGUUUUCCACAGAGUGAAGCUUGCUGUUCCCUUGAGUCUCAGUCUCAUUCAUCUAUUUUAGGUGGUUCCAGCUUUCCAGAUACGUCCUCUGGAGCUGUGUCACCAACAAGAAGAGAACAGCCACUCUUUACUUUAAGGCAAGUGGGGAUGAUCUGUGACCGUCUCUUGAAAGAACGUGAAGAGAACGUCAGAGAAGAAUAUGAGGAGAUUCUGACUUCAAAAUUGGCAGAACAAUAUGACACCUUUGUGAAGUUUACACACGAUCAGUUAAUGCGGCGGUUUGAAGAACAGCCGGCUAGUUAUGUGUCUUGAAAACACCACCUCAUCGCCAAGAUGCUAUUCAACUUCAGAUUGCUGCAGUUUGCGCUGAAUGUCUAUUGAUUACACCACAGACCCGGUUUGAAAUACAACUGCUACAGCGUCACGCUGACAGAGGCUGCCUUUAGAAUUUGUCAGUUAAUAUUAUUGUUCCUUGUGAACCUGGGUGCUUCCUCUUGUAAAUGUAUACGGACCUUUUAUGUCUGUUAUUCUACCAGUGGCCUACUUAUAAUAUAUACCAUGAGCCUUCUCUCACAUUUUGCUCGCAUUCCAGAAUAGAGUUUGUUACUAGUACACAAGUUAUCAAUGCAGAUUACUGUGCAUUAUUUUCUGAACAGUCGUUUCACAUGUGACAUUUGUUAUUAUUAAGAUGAAGAAAUCUGUAUACCUCUUGCCAAGAUUUCCCAGUCCUAGUCCUUGAGAACAGUAUGCUACAGAGCUUAGUAUUUUAUCUCUUUUUAACACUCUUUAUACAGAAUACGUUAGAUGAGCCAAACCAGAUGAGAGUGGACUAAGUUGCAGAUUGCUGCGGUUCUCCAGGAUUGGGAUUAGAAAACGUUUCUGUGUUAUGUAUAAAAUUAGUUCCUGAGAUUUCCUAAAUCACUCUCUUCUUUUUAUUUUGCUUUACUCUGUAUUGAUAUAGACAAACCCAAGCAUUAAAUCAUUUUAUUAAUAAA